AUGGACAACAUCUAUGUAGCACUAGCCAUCAUCUUCCUGCUCUUUCAAAUCAAUUCUGUAUCGUCUUUCUGUGUCACUGGAUGUUCUUGCAUUGAGGAUGGCCUUGGAAGGUCCCUCCUUUGUAUGGAAACCUCCUUGGGGAAGGUCCCUGAAAACAUCCCGUCGGACUUCACCAAGAUCCGCAUCGAGAACUCCCACCUCACCGAAAUCCCCACCGCCUCCUUCUCCCGAGUCAGUGCCUUGGAGUCCCUGUGGCUGAACUUUAACAACAUCACCCUGAUGAACAUGAAGAGCCUGGAGGGCCUCUCCAACCUGACCGAGCUGCGUCUGGAGGGCAACAAGCUGCGCUCCAUCCCCUGGACGGCGUUCCAAGACACGCCAAACCUGAAGAUCCUGGACCUGAAGCACAACCGGCUAGACGUGCUGCCAGAGUACGCCCUGCGACAUUUGACGGGGCUCACCUACUUAGACUUAUCAUUCAAUCAGCUUACGGUCAUCUCCAAGGAUGUGUUCCUGAACUGGCCACGCUACAACCAUCACCCGCUGAAGCCCAGGAGGGGCGCCGGCGAGGAGACCAACGUGGUCCUGGCCCUCAACGACAACCACUGGCUAUGCGACUGCCGCCUGAAGGGGUUCGUGGAAUUCAUCAAGGCCGUCAGCCCACCCAUCAUCCUCAUGAACUCCUACCUGACCUGCUCGGGUCCCGCCAACAAGAACGGGAAGUUCUUCCACGAGGUGGAGCUGAGGAGCUGCAUGAAGCCGGAGACGUCCAGCCCGCAGACGAACAUCACGCUGCCCCUGGGCGCCGCCACCUCGCUGCAGUGCCGCGUCAAGGCCAGGCCCGAGCCGGUGGUGCGCUGGAUAUACGGCCUCAGGAACAUCCGAGGGUUCACAGUCUCCCAGACCCAGGUGGAUGAGGACACCAUCAGCUCCCAGCUCCUGAUCCCCUCGCUCCACCUGGUGGACCGCGGUGUCUACACCUGCGCUGCCAACAACUUCAUCGGCAACUCCUCCGUCCGCAUCUCCAUCGAUGUCCUCUCCAGCAAUGCCAACGGCAACGCCUCGCCACUGCCCGCCGCCUCGGCGCCCUUCCCUAUGGCCUCGGCCAACGAGAACGUCUACAUCGACUUCCGCAUCGCCAAGCAGACGGUCUACGGCAUCACGGUGGAGUGGUACGCCGUCACGGAGAACCCGGCCGAGACCUGGUACACCAUCCACUUCGGCAAGUUCGACUCGCCCAAGAAGGAGAUGCUGUACAUGGGGCCGGGCAUCACCAGCUACUCGGUGGACCGCCUGCAGCCGGUCACCAAGUACGAGGUGUGCGUGGCGCUGAAGAACCAGCCGCCGCGGCCGGGUCAGUGCAUCGUCUUCAUGACGGGCAGCGACGUCAACGAGCUGGAGCAGCGCGAGCGCCUCAUCCACAUCAUCGUGAUCGUGUGCGCCAUGGUGCUGGCCGUGCCAGCUGGCAUGUACGCCUGCACCACCGACACACACGUCGGCUGCGUCCAGCGGGUCACCAGGGCCGUGCAGGAGCGCCGCAAGAGGGAGGAGAAGACCAGCGACACGGUUAGCGGCAGCGGCGGAGGUGGUGGCGGCGGUGGAGUAGGAGGUCCGGAGAGGCAGGGCACCUUCGACAGCCUGCAGGCGGCCAGCGAUGAGGGCCUUUUCCGAGAGUCCGUGGAGGACGGCAGGAUGAGACGGCGGUCGGAAGACAAGCUGUACUGA